CCUCGCCCUUUCCUUCCCCCAAAUUAAUUACAGAAAUUAAUUCCGGAUUCCUUUUUGUUCUCGUGCUUCCCGAUUUCCUCCCAGUUCUCCUCUUCAUCCAAUCUCUCCCCCGCGCGACGGAAAAUCGGGGACGGGAGUUCUGCGGGCUCGGCGGAAUUUUUUCGUCGGAUUUUCCCGUGCUUCUUCUUCCAGGCCGCAGUCGUCGUCUCAAGUGUUCGGGAAAUAGCAAGACAUGAUGAAAUUCCGGAAAGGGGGCAAGGUGGAAGUAUUGCAGAAGGCGGAGGUGCCGUUCGGUUCCUGGAGACCUGCCGAGAUCGUUUCUGGCAACGGACACACCUAUCUUGUAAGCUACGAUCAAUGCCUGUUAGACACUAGUGUGGUCGAAAGGGUGCCAAGAAAGGCAAUGAGGCCCUCUCCCCCGCCCCCAGAUGGUUCCAUAUGCUGGGUCCCAGGCAACAUCCUUGAAGUCUUUGACAGCUACUCUUGGAAGGUCGUGGAAGUGGUGAAAUUACUUGGUCAUAAGUUCUAUCUUGUCAGGCUUCUUGGGGCCUCCAUGGAAUUGAGAGUACAUGCAUCCAGUCUUAGGACAAGGCAGCUUUGGCAAGACGGCAAAUGGGUUCCUCUUCCAAAGGAUUCUGGUGGUUCACAUAGGAGUCGAACUAAAGGUGGCAACAACACCUCAGGGGACAGUAAUCUUCUACUAAAGAACAAGAAUGCGUUUGAGGGCAACAUGUCUCGAGGCACAAAGAGGAAAUCAUCUGGUUCAUCAGCUUUCCCGAUGCAGCGCAGUGAAGUCACUAAAAGAUUCCAGAUUUCUCAUAGAGAUGGAAGAUGCCAACGUAUUGUCCGUGGAGAUUCUCUUCAUUUGAUGGAUAAGGGCCUUCGGUAGGUCUGUGUUGAUGGAGGAGUUAAAAAAAAUGUCACCUGGUUUACAUGGUGAUCAAUGUGGCAACAUUUCCAUCAAACCAUGGUUGGUUGGUAUCUAAAAUUUUCAUUUUAUCUUCUUUUCCAACUCUUACUAGCUUUUGCAUGGAGAGUUCCAAGGGAAUUUGUCUUGCAUUAAUCAACAAACAAGUUAAUGCUAAUAUUCCAAGCCCAAUAUAUUUGCAAACAAGAACACUAGUGCACCACAGUAAAGUAUUUUUUCCCUACAUUUAUUGAUAUUCCUGAUCAUGUUUUUCUUCUCUUUCAUUUCUGUGCUGGAAGAAGGAAACCAAAAGGAGUACUCCCUCCGAUCCAUAUUACUUGUCGCAGCUUUUUCUAGAUACACAUGUACCUAGACACGUUUCAUUGUGUAGGUACAUGCGUAUCUAGAUAAAACUGCGACAGGUAAUAUGGAUCGGAGGUUAAAUUUAUAAUAAUAGUGAUAUGAUCAUGCGUUGGUAAAGAAGGAAUUAGAUAUCGUAAUUGCACAAUGUGCUCUUUGUGGUUAAUCUCUCAUCAAGAGUAAGCAUAUAUGUGUUGUUGAAGUCGAAAGCCUUGAUAAAUGUAGGCAGGGUGACCAGAUUAUUUGUUGUUAACUGUAGCUUUCAAAAAAAUUAUCUUGGUCACAGUACUGUUUAAAUGCUAGGUCUCAGAAGCUCUUCUGUCAAAGUUCAUAGCAGGUUUUGCUUUGCAAGAGUUCAUAUCUAUAAAAAGAUUAAUUGGCCUUGUUCUGGGAAAUGAGGGAGACUGUCCCUUGUGCUACUUUAUGUGGACAGUAAGAGGUAAGUAGGCAUAUUGUUUAUCAUCAGGCUUGGCAGCUCUACGGUAGAUUCGUGAAUUAUCUUGUCCAUGAUGUGUCUUACGAAAUGUAAGGUGUGCUAGUGAUAUAUUAUGACACUAUCUCUUAGAUAUCCUUGUGAGCAGUUACAAAGGUGUUCUAAUGCUUAUUUUGUCCUUGUUGCUGCUGCUCGGAUGAGAUUGGGUCUUUUAUGGUCUUACCUGCAUGGCCAUUCAAAUGACUGUGCUCUCCUAAUAUAAAAACCUAAUCUGUUAUAGCGUCCUCCUGCAACUUUUAUCUUCAAGGAGUUUGAGAUGUUUAUGUGUAAUGGCAACGCUCGGGAAUCUUAUGGUCAUAUUGCUGGUAUUACUGAUAUUCCUUUUUUUUUUCCUUACUCUUGUUUCUGUGUGCCUUUGUGUUGUGACACUGCUCCGGCCUAUGAUAUGUUAGUACACCAUCCAGUAUAUACCAGUCCUAAGGCAACUGGCAUGAUGUUUCUGUUUCACAUGUGUCUGAAUGAAUUUGAGGAAUCUUUGUGAAAUAAAGUUGUAAUUUACAGUAUGCUUCGCAACAGAAACAUCGAUGCAUGUUUCAAAUUUUACCAGUUUUGGAUGGUUUAGAUCUUACAGCUUUAUUAUGAUACUAAAGUAGCAAUAUAUAUGCAAUGCAGUAUGAUAAGGAAACUAUGUGCACAAACUCUUUCCUAUACCAUGUAAACCAUUUCUGGGUGAUAACUUCUAUCUGAAGCAGCAUGAAAUAGCGCCUUGUAUGCAUCGAUGGUGUAAAAAGGUUUGAUGUACAAGCCUGCUGAUUCAUUAGUCACUAGAGAUACUCUUAUUUUAAUACCAAAUACUCCGACCAAUUUUAACUAAAACAACGACAAGAAUUUAGGAUCAGAGGGAGUAGCACAUUAGGCUGAUAUGUUUCAUUGAACAGUUGGAUGUUAAACUUCUGUUUUUCUACAAUUGAUGACAGUGAGCUCAGAACACAAUUUGUUGCAGAAGCAAAAACAGGAGUGCUUGGUUCCGGUUUGUUGGUUAAAACCAGUCAAAACUGGUCAAAAUCAUCCAUUUUUUAACCAUAUAUAACUAAGCCAUCUGGCCCGGAACACUAAUUUAAAGGGGCUAAACCGGAUGAAUCGAAAUCUGAUACCAAAAAAGGGUACUAGGCUGUUCUGGUUUAGUGAGUACAUGGCAAGUCAGGUGGAAUUGGCAUAUAUUUAUUACUCCCUCCGGCCGGUAUUACUUGUCGAAAUAUUACAUGUAUCUAGACGCUUUUUAAACAUAGAUACAUCCAUAUUCGGGCAAAUUUGAGACAAGUAAUAUGGGUCGGAGGGAGUAAUACAUUUCCCGUACUUAGAAGCUGUCUUGAAGACAUACCAAGGUCAUAAUGCAUGUAUAAAACAUGGUUUGGGCAAAUUUUAAAUCUGUCUGUAACAAUGGAAUGUUAGGUCUGGAAUUGAUGUUCUGUUCUAUAUAAAAAUUCUAACAUCCUUUUUCGGCAAAUAAUAUUCUGAUUGGUUGUACAAGUUGUUUUCAUUCGCAACUAUAAAAUUAAACUUCUAUAUACUAAAUAAAAAGGUCUGAUUGCAAUUCCAUAGUUGAUCUCAGGGGGGUCAUCAGAUUGAUCAGAACGUGGUGUACGAUAUAACAAGCACUUUCUGUAUAUUUUCAGCCGACAUGUGGAUAUAAAAUGGUUGAUGCUCACCUUAUUGCACCUUUAUUUUGACGGCACACUUUCUUGCAUCUUGGUAACCACAUUUGCAGGCUUUUCUAACAAAGAUUGUACUAUUGCUUCAGGUGGUCUUAGCCUGAAGACAGAACUGAUUGAAGUGAGGUCCAUUUUCUCAUGUCAGCCCAAAAGGCUUGGAUGGUGCUAUUUUUUUUUUGUUGUUGUUGCUUAGUCUUUAGUGGUGUUACCUGUCCUUUAUACUCUCUCCGUCCCAAAAUAAGUGACGUGGAUUUGUAUCACUUAUUUUGGGAUGGAGGGAGUAUUAUUGUUUAUGAGUACUGUGAGGAUUGGGAUUCAAUUUUUUUGUAACAUUGUGUUUGAAGUUUCAGUAGCAAUAGCAACGCAAUCCUCGUGGCAGCUUUAUUCCUUGAUCAGGAGACACCUGAGUUUGCAGCCAUUGGGAUGUCAAUGACACAGAUAAAGCAGCUAGCAGACAGAUCCAAGGAGGUCCGCCAGAUGGCUGGGCAGCACUGUGACCUGAAGUUUGUGAAGUCAGCCAUCAGGGUGAUCACUGUUCUCUGAAUCCACGCAUAGUGAAGAAACAUGGAUCAGAGUAGGCAGUAUGGUUUCCCUAGAUGGCAAGCAAAAGUCUUGGUGCUUUUCCCAAAAUUAAUGAUUCUUACUGCUCUUAUGGGGUUUCUGCAGCCUGCCUGCAGGGAGACAUCCGUUUUGAAUUGCUUGAUGCACUGCCGGGAAACAUUCCAAAAACUUCGUUGCUCCGCGUCACUCAUUAGACUUUGCUUAGCAUGAGACCAAAUGAAGCUACUAUACACCAGAGAAGCAGCACUUGAACCCAAUUGCAUAGGCAAUUUGACAUGGUUAAUUAGUACUGCGUACUAGUACUGCUGGUUUAUUAGGCCGGCUGACACAGUGAGACGACCAAGCUUAGCCGGGGACCAGCCAGAGGCCGGGCUCGCUGGCUGUCUGCCUCCAUCCAUCACCCUUCUGCCAUCCGUGGCAGCGUAACGAACCUCAUCAUGGCAGGGCACUGGGCGCCGCUGCCGCUGGCUCUGGCUCUGGCUCUGGCUGUGCCGCGUCGCGUCGCAUUGUAUUGUGUGCCAAUUGGUGGCCGACUUUGCUCUGCAGGUCAGGUGGCAUGGGCAGCUUCUCCCCUAGCUGCUCAUCAGUUAGCUCUGCCUGAUGAAACAGAAAGCGAUGGAGAUAAAUGGCUGUGCCAGAGCCCAGGGCUGGAGUACUGAUGGAUACCUGCCUCUACCCACAUGAAUCUUCUGCGCAUACUCCGCACUGACCGGCGACGGCGCUUCACCCAGCCCAGCCCAUUCAGUACUCUCUGCUGCAGUGCAGUGCAGGGGCAUAUGCUUUGGCCCAGAAAAGCUGCUACUCGCACCCAAUGGAGUAUAUGUACGUACGCAGCUGCAGUAUGUGUCCUGUCAGGGGCUCUGAACCCAUGUGUGAAGCUGUCUCUACCAUGCUAUGGUCUCUACAAUACGUUCUUCGUUACUUCCCCUUGGGUGUCUGCAAAUGGAGAAGAUUUUAGGGAGGCCGAUCGAGAAGCUCGCUUCUGCUUCUACUGCUGCCUCAGGUGACCCUUUAAUCUAUCGGACAUCCCCACCAAUUUUUGACAAUUAUCUCCGACCAAUGUGAUCGCCAAUGGACGUACAAGAUCUCGGCCUGCACCGCGACGACUGCCAUGGCAUAUUGUUAUGACACAGAUCAUGUGCAUGUGAUGGAUGAUGGUACUUACAUUCAUAGAGCUAGCCAUGCAUGGCUCCCAUCCCAUGACUCAGUUAGGUAGUGUUUGGUUGGAGAACGAGGUAGAAUGUAAUGAAACGGUUCUAUUUCAAUAGGAAUGAAAUGUAAUGGAACGGUUCUACUUUCAUAUAUUCUAGAAACCAAACACCUACAACCACUGGUUCCAUUUA